AUGGAAUUCGACCUCGACUCCUUCCUCAACUCGCACCUUUCCCUCUACGAUGAAGACGACGACGAGAACCUUAAUUCUGUCCCUCACCGUACGAUCGACGAAAUCCUCAACGACUCCGAUUUGUCCGUGUCAUCGUCCCCGCCCUCCACUAUCCAUCGCCUCGCAUCUGAUCCCAAACCACAACAUCUGCCCACCGACGCCGAAUCAGUCUCCAGCACUAAAUCCGACGAGUCCAGUCAAGUCCGGCCGAGGCCCAAUUUGUACACUCGGGUCAAGUCCGGCGAAUUAUCGGACGAUCCGGUCGGAAAGGUUUUGAAGCCGUCGCCAUGGUUGCUUGGAGGCAUGAGAACAAAUGCGAAGCCGGGGGCGGCGCUCGCGGCUGCUGCGGCGGCCUCGAGGUCGAUGCCUACACCACACGCGGCCGCGAUCAAAUCGAAGAGGAGUGCCGGGAGUGGAAUUUUCCAGAAGGCUCUGGAGAGUACGGAAUUGGAUGAUAAAUCCGAGGUAAGGUCCAAUUCUAAUAAUGAUACGAAUGUAGGAAGUUCUUCUGAAGUGACUGAGUCAAAUUCAAAUGAAGGAGAAGUGGAUUUUGGUGAUGAAUUGUUGAGAAAAGGUAGGGUUUGGGAGAGGGAGAGGGAGUUAGAGGAAACGUCUCAAGGUAUUGAAGUAAGUGCUGGGAAUGCUCCGGAAGAAGUGAAAAAUGUUAGUUUUGAUGAGAAUUUGACAAAUUUAGAUGCAAAUGAUGUUAAAGAUAAUGAAUUUAACAAUAAUGUUGAGGUUGUAGAGGAAUGUCAACCAGAAAUACAAGAUAUAGAUGAAAACAGUCAUGGUUCCAAACAUAGUGAUGGUGAGGAGGAGCGUCUUGGUGAUGGUGGUGCUGGCGGUAAUGAUAAUGACGGUGAGGGUGGUGGUGGUGGUGGUGGUGGUGGUGAUGAUGACAAUAAUAAUGAUCGUGAUAGUGAUGAUGAUGGUGAAUUGGGAAGUUCAAUCACUCAACUUGUGGAGGAGAGAAUUGGGCAGUUGGAGAGCAGGAGGAUUAGUAAAAAAGCUGAAAAGAAAUUGCAAAAGCCUCUCGAAAUCGCUGAAGAGCUAGAGAAGAAGCAAGCUUCUACUGCUUUGCAUUGGGAAGAAGGUGCUGCUGCUCAACCCAUGAGGCUUGAGGGUGUUCGGAGAGGCUCCACCACAUUGGGAUACUUCAAUGUCGAUGCUAACAAUCCCAUCACCAGGACCCUUUCAGCUCCAGCAUUACGGCGUGAUCAUGGUUCACCACAAGUCUUGGCGGUUCAUAGUAAUUACAUUGCAAUAGGAAUGGCAAGAGGUGCUAUUCUUGUUAUCCCUAGCAAAUACUCUGCUCAUAAUGCUGAUAUCAUGGAUGCAAAGAUGCUAAUUCUUGGAUUGCAAGGAGAACGAUCUUAUGCUGCAGUGACUUCUAUAUGCUUCAAUCAGCAAGGGGACCUGCUCUUAGCGGGUUAUGCUGAUGGUCACAUUACAGUUUGGGAUGUACAGAGGUCAUCGGUUGCUAAAGUAAUUACUGGAGAACAUACAGCUCCAGUUGUACAUACAUUGUUUUUGGGGCAGGAUUCUCAAGUUACACGUCAAUUUAAGGCAGUUACCGGUGAUAGUAAGGGUCUGGUACUGUUACAUUCUUUCUCUGUGGUUCCCCUGCUUAAUAGGUUCUCCAUUAAAACACAGUGCCUUCUUGAUGGACAAAGAACGGGCACAGUGCUGUCAGCUUCACCCCUCCUCUUUGAUGAAUUCUCUGGAGGGGCUUCACAAUCUGCUCAGGGAAAUGGGACAGUUACAGGUAGCAGUAUUGGUGGUAUGAUGGGGGGAGUGGUGGGUGGAGAUGCAAGUUGGAAACUCUUCAAUGAGGGAUCUUCUUUGGUUGAAGAAGGUGUGGUCGUAUUUGUCACCCAUCAAACUGCUCUGGUGGUAAGACUAACCCCCAAUUUGGAAGUCUAUGCACAACUUUCAAAACCAGAUGGGGUUCGGGAGGGUGCCAUGCCUUGUACUGCUUGGAAAUGUACAACGCAAUCACGCCGUUUACCUGCUAAUACUGAAAAUAUGCCUGCUGAAGUAGUUGAAAGAGUUUCGCUACUUGCAAUUGCUUGGGAUCGAAAAGUUCAGGUGGCAAAGCUGGUCAAAUCGGAACUGAAAGUAUAUGGUAAAUGGUCUCUUGAAAGUGCAGCCAUAGGUGUGGCUUGGCUGGAUGAUCAGAUGCUGGUGGUUCUUACGAUGACUGGACAACUUUGUUUGUUUGCAAAGGAUGGAACUGUAAUUCACCAAACAAGUUUUUCUGUAGACGGUUUUGGAGGGGACGAUCUUAUUGCUUAUCAUACUCACUUCGUUAAUAUAUUUGGGAAUCCUGAAAAAGCUUAUCACAAUUGUGUAGCUGUAAGAGGAGCUUCUGUAUAUGUACUUGGACCUAUGCAUCUUAUUGUUUCCCGGCUUCUCCCAUGGAAGGAACGAAUUCAAGUUUUAAGGAGAGCAGGUGAUUGGAUGGGUGCCUUGAACAUGGCAAUGACAAUUUAUGAUGGCCAAGCUCAUGGUGUUGUUGACCUUCCCAGAACUCUGGUUGCUGUACAGGAGGCCAUAAAGUCCUACCUGGUUGAGUUACUUUUGUCAUAUGUAGAGGAAGUAUUUUCGUAUAUAUCAGUAGCAUUAGGCAACCAAAUUGGAAUUAUGGAUCAAGUUGACGACUUAAACAGCAAAAGCAGUUCUGUGCACUCUGAAAUAAAAGAGCAAUACACCCGUGUCGGUGGAGUUGCAGUUGAAUUCUGUGUCCAUAUCAAGAGGACUGACAUACUUUUUGAUGAAAUCUUUUCCAAGUUUGUAGCUGUUCAACAGAGAGACACAUUUUUGGAGCUGUUGGAGCCAUAUAUAUUGAAGGACAUGCUUGGUUCUCUUCCACCUGAGAUUAUGCAAGUACUGGUAGAGCAUUAUAGCCGCAAGGGAUGGUUACAGCGUGUUGAACAAUGUGUUCUCCACAUGGAUAUUUCAUCCUUGGAUUUCAAUCAGGUUGUUAGGUUAUGCAGGGAGCAUGGAUUGUAUAGUGCUCUGGUGUAUCUCUUCAAUAAAGGUUUGGAUGAUUUCAGGUCACCUUUAGAGGAACUGUUGGUGGUCUUGCAAAAUAGUAAAAAAGAAGGUGCUACUGCCCUCGGUUACCGGAUGCUAGUUUAUUUGAAGUACUGUUUUUCAGGCCUUGCUUUUCCACCGGGACAGGGAACAAUUCCUCCUCUACGCUUGCCAUCUCUCAGAACAGAACUUCUGCAAUUUUUGUUAGAGGGUUCUGAUGCUCCUAAUUCAAGAGCAGGAGGAGGAGAAUAUCUUAACCUGUAUUUUCUCUUGGAGCUAGAUACUGAAGCUACUUUAGACGUUCUGAGAUGUGCGUUCAUUGAAGAUGAAAUCUCAAAACCUGACGUUUCUUCUCAUGAUUCAGCUGAUGCAAAUAUGGAGCUGCCAGAUGGGAAUAAUUCGAUGGCUCAAAGUCAAAAUUCAAUGGUUCAAAAUACAGUAGAUACUCUCAUUCAUAUUGUUAGUAAGGGCAUCUCCCAAACAGAUGGAUCUCCUAGCAAUGAUGAGACUGCAUCAACAGUAGAGUGGCCUUCAAAGAAAGACAUUGGUCAUCUGUUUGAGUUUAUUGCGUACUAUGUUGCAUGUGGAAGAGCUAAUGUCUCGAGACAUCUAUGUGAGAAAGCACGAUUUUACCAGGUUUGUGGCCUAAUUCAUAACAGCAGGCAUCAGUAUCUUGCUGCUCUGGAUUGCUACAUGAAAGAUGUAGAUGAACCCAUUCAUGCCUUCUCCUUUAUCAACAAAACAUUAUUACAGUUGACUGACAAUGAAUCCGCCGCUUUUCGAUCAGAAGUAAUUUCUCGAAUUCCAGAGCUUUUUGACUUAAACAGAGAAGGCACAUUCGUCUUGGUUAUCGACCAUUUUACUAGUGAAGAAGGUUCACAUAUCCUCUCUGAACUUCGUUCCCAUCCAAAAAGCCUAUUCCUUUACUUAAAAACGGUGAUUGAGGUUCACUUAUCUGGCACACUCGACUUUUCAAGUUUAAGAAAAGAUGAUCUUGUGAGGGUGAAGGAUCAAUCAAAAGCAGUUGAGGCUUACUUGGAAAGGAUCUGUGAUUUCCCAAAGCUUUUGCGUAACAAUCCUGUUAAUGUGACUGAUGAUAUGAUUGAACUUUAUCUGGAGCUGUUAUGUCAGUAUGAGCGCAAUUCAGUUCUCAAAUUCCUAGAGACUUUUGAUAGCUAUCGCGUGGAACACUGUUUACGGCUGUGCCAGAAAUAUGGGAUAACAGAUGCUGCAUCAUUCUUGUUGGAAAGGGUUGGUGAUGUUGGCAGUGCUCUUUUACUUACACUUUCCACCCUCAAUGAAAAAUUUAUCAAGCUUGAUACUGCUGUGGGAAGUCUGGUAUCAAGUGGUUCUGCACGUACUGAGCAUUUCAGCAAUGCUUUAAAAUUGGAGGAGGUGAGCGACAUUAACAGUAUAUUGCAUGCCUGUAUUGGAUUGUGCCAACGGAACACCCAUCGUUUAAAUCCUGAUGAAUCAGAGGCACUCUGGUUUAGAUUACUGGACUCGUUUUGUGAGCCUUUAACGGAUUCCCUUAAUGCUGGAAGAGUAUCUAAAGGAGACGAUCUUAAAACAGUGGUAGCUGAGUCAUUGGAAUCAGAAGAGGAUGAGGUGGCUUUUAUUAUAGAGUGGAGAAUCUCAAAGCUCCAUAAAGGCGCUCAUAUCUUAAGAAAAGUGUUCUCUCGGUUCAUCAAGGAGAUUGUUGAGGGCAUGAUAGGUUAUGUUCGCCUUCCAACCAUCAUGUCCAAACUCCUUUCUGAUAAUGGUAGCCAGGAAUUUGGUGAUUUUAAAUUCACAAUAUUGGGGAUGCUUAGCACAUAUGGCUUCGAAAGAAGAAUUCUGGAUACUGCCAAGUCACUGAUAGAAGAUGAUACAUUCUACACUAUGAGCAUACUCAAGAAAGGGGCCUCUCAUGGGUAUGCCCCUCGGAGUCAAAUAUGUUGUAUAUGUGAUUGUCUUCUUGACAAGAACUCUUCUAGCUACAUUCGCAUUUUCAAUUGCGGUCAUGCAACACAUCUUCAAUGUGAAGUUUUGGAGAAUGGCACAUCAAGUAGUAGCUCGUCCUCCGGAUGCCCUGUUUGUAUGCCUAAGAAGAAAUCUGAGAGGUCCAAAAACAAAUCGGUCCUUCCAGAGAAGAGUUUAGUGAAGGGGUUUUCUUCAAGAACCCAACAAAUACACGGAACAACUGUCCACCCACAUGAAAGCAAUGCAUCAGAGAAUACCUAUGGGCUUCACCAAAUAUCUCGAUUUGAGAUGUUGACCAAUUUGCAGAGAGACCGAGGAUUGGUUGAGAUUGAAAACAUGCCUCAACUGAGGCUUUCACCUCCAGCUGUGUAUCAUGAAAAGGUUCAGAAAGGAACUGUUCUUUCACCAGCAGAAAGUAGCAGUGAUCUUGCGAGAAUAGGGAAACAAAGUAAAUCCAAGCAACCCAGGGUGCUAAAAGCAAGUAGAAGACCAGCAAGCGGUGAGAUUAUCAUCAUCAUGUACACAACUAACAAAAACACUAGAGUUGGAAUUCUGCGGAGGCUAUACAAUGACUGA